UACAAUAUUGUAUUGAAUUGAUUGGACCAAAAUCCCACACACCCCAGCUAACAACAAUUCCGCCAAAUCCAGUAAACAAAACAAUAUUAAACAAACAAAGGUCGGUAUAGCUAAUCCCAAACCUGCAAAUUUCCACACUCCCAUCACAAUCUUGCACCAAAAAUUCAUGGGUUUUGAGCAAAUUUUUCUAAAGAACAUCAACAACCCUUAUCUUCAUUUAUUCUAAAAGACCUAAAGUUGCUACCUUUCCUGCAAAAAGAAUCGAAUCUUGAGGAUCUUGAUUUUCUUGUUUGAGCCCUAAUUGUGCGAAAAUGUCAUCAAAAUCAACCAGUAGAACCCACUGCUCAAAGAGCAGUUCUUCGCGGUUAAAACGCGAAGCUCGUGUGAUCUCGCAAACCCCAGCUGAUGCUAAACUUCAUGUCGAUUUCGAAGAGUCCGAACGCCAGUUUGAUUACUCGACUUCUAUAGAUGUUAAUGCAUCAACUUCAACUAGCAAUGUUCCAUCAUCAACUGUUUCAGCUUACUUGCAAAAAGUCCAAAGGGGUGGUCAAAUUCAACCCUUCGGUUGCUUAAUCGCCAUUGAUGAUCAAACCUUAAGUGUACUAGCUUACAGCGAAAACGCGUUAGAGAUGCUCGAUCUCGCGCCACACGCGGUUCCAAGUAUCGAACAGCAAGAAGUUUUAACAUUCGGGACGGAUGUCCGGACGCUUUUUAGAUCAUCGAGUGCAUCUGCUCUUCAAAAAGCUGCUAACUUCCAUGAGGUUAAUCUGUUAAACCCUAUUUUAGUUCAUUGUAGGACGUCCGGUAAACCGUUUUACGCUAUUUUGCAUAGAGAUGAUGUCGGUUUGAUUAUCGAUUUAGAGCCUGUGAAUCCCGCUGAAGUACCCGUGACAGCUGCGGGUGCUUUGAAAUCGUAUAAGCUCGCUUCAAAAGCGAUUUCGAGGUUACAGUCGUUGCAGAGUGGGAAUAUAUCGCGGUUGUGUGAUGUGUUGGUUAAGGAAGUGAGUGAGUUAACGGGGUAUGAUCGCGUUAUGGUGUAUAAGUUUCACGAAGACGAGCACGGUGAGGUUAUCGCUGAGUGUUGUCGGAAGCCGGAUCUUGAGCCGUAUCUCGGGUUGCAUUAUCCCGCUACCGAUAUACCUCAAGCUUCCAGAUCGCUUUUUAUGAAGAAUAAGGUUAGAGUGAUUUGUGACUGUUUGGCUCAGCCGGUGAAAGUGAUCCAAACCGAGAGUUUAUCUCAGCCGUUGAAUCUUUCGUGGUCCGCGUUAAGAGCGCCACACGGGUGUCAUUCGCAGUACAUGGCGAAUAUGGGGUCGAUUGCGUCGCUUGUAAUGUCGGUAACCAUCAACGAUGGUGAUGAAGACUAUUACGAUAACGAUAACGAUGAUGGUAAUGAGUCGCAAAGCGGGAUUAAUCUUCAAGAAACGCAAAAGGGGAAAAGAUUGUGGGGUUUGGUUGUUUGUCAUCAUUCAAGUGCUCGAUUCGUAUCGUUUCCGUUACGUUACGCGUGUGAGUUUUUGAUCCAGGUUUUCGGUGUUCAGAUAAACAAAGAAGUUGAGUUGACUAGUCAACAACGAGAAAAGCAUAUCUUGAAAACGCAAACUGUUCUUUGCGAUAUGCUUUUACGAGACGCACCGACCGGGAUUAUGACACAAACGCCAAACGUAAUGGACCUUGUUACGUGUGACGGUGCGGCUCUUUAUUACAAAAACAAGUUUUGGUUACUCGGAAUUACACCAACCGAAUCACAAGUUAAAGAUAUCGCAAAUUGGUUGCGAGAAGAACAUAUUGGAAGUACGGGUUUAAGCACGGAUAGUUUAAUGGAUGCAGGAUAUCCGAACGCGUUGAUUCUCGGGAAAGCCGUUUGCGGAAUGGCGGCCGUUAAGAUAACGUCGAAAGACUUCCUGUUUUGGUUCCGGUCACACGCGGCGAAAGAAGUGAAAUGGGGCGGGGCGAAAAACGACCCGGAUGAUAAAGACGACGGAAGAAAAAUGCAUCCGAGAUCGUCCUUUAAAGCGUUUUUGGAAGUGGUGAAAAACCGGAGUUUACCAUGGGAAGAUGUGGAGAUGGAUGCUAUCCAUUCGUUACGGUUGAUAUUACGAGGGUCUUUGGAAGAUGAUGACGAGGCGGGUGGUGAUGAUGUGGCGGGUGAUGACGACGAAAGUAAUGAUAAGAAGAUAGUGAGAGUUCCGGAUGUUGAUAUGCGCAUACAACGCGUUGAUGAGUUGCGGGUUGUGGCUAAUGAAAUGGUUCGGUUGAUUGAAACGGCUUCGGUCCCGGUAUUUGCGGUUGAUGGAAAUGGAAAUAUUAGUGGUUGGAAUGAUAAAAUAGCCGAAAUUACCGGAUUGCCAUUGGAUCAAGCCGUUGGUGUCUCGUUACUUAAUCUGGUUGUUGAUGAUUCGGUCGAUGAAGUCAAAGCUAUGAUUUCGUCCGCUCUACGAGGAAUUGAAGAAAAAAACGUUGAAAUCAACUUUAAAUGUUUCGGUAGUCAAGAAAAUGAUCACAUUACCCUUGUUACAAACGCGUGUUGUAGCCGUGAUCUAAAGCAAACAAUCGUAGGGGUAUGCUUCGUCGGACAAGAUCUAACCGCUCAAAAGAUGAUGACCGAAAAGUACACAAAAACGAAAGAUGAUUUCGCUAGCUUUGUCCGUAGCCCGUGCACGCUUAUUCCCCCGAUCUUCAUGAUGGAUGAAUACGGUAAAUGCUUAGAAUGGAACGAUGCAAUGGUAAAGUUAACCGGUUUUCCAAGGGAAGAGGCGAAUAAUAAAAUGCUUUUAGGUGAAGUUUUUACCGACGGUAAUUUCGGUUGUCGGGUCAAAAGUGAUAUGUUGACCCGUCUCCGAAUAUUACUAAACGAAGUGAUUUCCGGGUUGGAUGCGGAUAAAUUAAUGUUCGGGUUUUUUGACCAAAACAGUAAAUACGUCGAAGGGUUACUUUCCGCUAACAAAAGGGUAAACGGAGAUGGAAAAAUUACGGGUGUUUUGUGUUUUAUACAUGUAACUAGCCCCGAGCUUCAACACGCGAUGUUGGUGCAAAGAAUGUCUGAACAGGCGGCUUUAAAUAGUCUUACGAAAGUGUCGUAUUUGAAACAUGAACUUAAAAAUGGUUUAAAUGGGAUUAAGUUCAUCGAUGAUUUAAUGGAAUCGGAGUUGAGUGGAGAACAGCAGCGUAUUUUGCGUAAUAGUGGCUUAUGUCGUGACCAGUUAGCGCAAAUUGUUGAUGAUUCGGAUAUAGAAAGCAUCGAACAAUGUUAUACGGAAGUGAAGUGCGUGGAGUUUAAACUCGGGGAGUGUUUAGACGUGGUUUUGAACCAGGUCAAGAGUUUGAGCCGUGAGCGGAAAGUGGAGGUCGUCUUUGAUGCAUCCGAACAAGUUUCAUCCUUAUCUGUAUACGGUGACAAUUUGAGGGUUCAACAAGUACUUUCAGAUUUCUUAUCUAAUGCGCUCUUUUUCACUCAAGAUUUUGAAGGAUCUUCGGUUUCGUUUCGUGUAACUCACAAAAUGGAACACAUUGGGGCAAAAAUACAAGUCGCGCAUCUUGAAUUCAGAAUUACCCAUCCGUCACCGGGGAUGCCGGAGAAGUUAAUACAGGAUAUGUUUCACAGUAACAGAAGUGUCUCAAGAGAAGGUCUUGGACUUUAUAUAAGUCAAAGAUUGGUCAAGAUUAUGAAUGGAAGUGUACAGUAUCUAAGGGAGGCUGAGAGAGCUUCUUUCAUUGUUCUCAUUGAGUUUCCGGUUUCGCCCCUGUUGACUUCCGACAAUAAACGAUCAAAAAGAAUAUGACGCAAUGGGAAUGUUUCGUUUAUCCACGGUGUGCGUGUAUUCUCCUUCGUUUUUGUACGGGAAAAGCGAGGUUGUGAAGGUUUACAACCAUCAAAUCUGUAUGAAUCUGAUUGUACUAGCAUUACAUAGUUUUAUAACAUAAAUUAAUCUUGUAACGUGUAUCGUCCACUUUUAUAGAUGUCGAAACAUUAAAGUCGUCGAAACAAAUAUACCAUCUUGUUCUAAAA